AUGGCUGAAGCCGAACAGCCCACGACGGCCGAUCAGAUCGAAGCCACCACUACCGACAAGCGCGCCCAGCUGGACGAUUUGAUCACACGAGCUGCCGCAAAAGAUGCGACCAAAGACCACAAUGCUGCCUCUGAGCUCUACUCACAGGCGACUGAGCUUCAGGCUGAAUUGAACGGUGAAAUGUCGCCCGACAAUGCCGACCUGCUCUAUGCGUACGGAAAAUCCCUCUACAAUGUUGCUGUGAGCAAGAGUGACGUGCUGGGGUCCAAGGUGGCUGGAGAGCCCCAGGCAUCUAGCAAUGCCCCUACGGCGAAAGAUUCGUCCGCUGCUACCGGUGGGAGCCUGGUUAAGGACGCAAUCUCGAGCUCCAUGAACCAGAAUGCUGCUGCGCCAAAGAAAGAAGUCAGCGCACAAUUAGAAGCCGCCCCAUCGAAGCCCUUCUUCCAAUUCACCGGCGACGAGAACUUUGUCGACUCCGAAGACGAAGAUGGAGAGGAGAACGGAGAGGCCGAGGAAGAAGAAGAGGAAGAAGAUGACUUUGCAAAUGCUUUUGAGGUCCUCGACCUGGCGCGCAUCCUCUAUCUCAAGAAGCUAGAGGCUGUGGAGGAAAGCAGUACGGACAAGGGCAAAGGCAAGGGCAGGCCUGUCGAUCUCCCUGCGGACCUAAAACACAUCAAGGAGCGCCUCGCCGACACCUACGAUCUUCAGGCCGAAAUCUCACUCGAAGGAGAGAGGUUCUCCGAUGCCGUGACGGACUUGCGCACAGCUCUCGACCUUCGCAAUACUCUGUUCCCAUUCGAGGAUCCUUCCGUCGCAGAGUGCCACUACAAACUCUCGCUUGCCCUGGAAUUCGCGUCGGUCCAGCAGCAUGGAGAAGAGGAUGACGGGCAAGAGAAGACAGUAGAUGAGGAAAUGCGCAGCGAGGCUACGACUCAAAUGGAGAGCGCGAUCGAAAGCUGCAAGGUUCGCAUGGCCUCGGAGCAGAAGAAGCUGGAGGCCGACAAAGACAUGGACGAAGACAAGGUGACGGCUGCGAAGCGAAAGAUUUCCAACGUCAAGGAGAUUAUCGCGGAUAUGGAGCAAAGACUUAUCGAUCUGCGCCGAUCACCAGUCUCCAUCGAGCAAAAGGAGCAAGAAAACGAGGCCAUGCUCAAGGGCAUCCUUGGGCAAAUUGUCGGUCAAUCGGCUACGGAUCAGAAAGCUCGCCUCGACGCCGUCAGCAAAGAAGCUACUGAUCUUUCAUCGCUUGUCCGACGCAAGCCUGCUGCUGCCCAAUCCUCGCAACAGAGCUCAUCUAAGCGGCCUGCGGAGGAUGGCACUGCCGAUGGCGAGUCGAAGCGCGCCCGCGUUGAAGAUGCUUGA